UAUAACCUUUCCUUCCUUAAUAUACCAGCACAUCCAUUACAUAGAAGGCUUCCAUGAUGGUUGAAGGCUUCAGAGUUGGGUUAAGACAGGUGGCUGAAUGGCUCAUAUUAAUCAGGAUAAUAUUUAAGAGGAAGAGGUGCUCUUCUGUGUUUACAUGAAAAACAUCUUGCCAGAUCACCUGCUAAGCCACCUCCAGGAACUGAAGGCUGUAGCCCUGCCCCCUGACAACCAGCCUCAGCAGCUGGAGGAAGCAGAACUAGUAACCCCUGACGACGGCCUCAGUGCUGAGCCCAUCCCUGCUCCUCCCCCUCUGCCAUCUCUUAAGAGAAGUACGGGGAAGAGGGCCAAAGGAGGACGGAAACCUAGUGCUGCAACUAUAGCGGCACAGAAGAAAAUUGCAGCGUCAUUAGAGCCAGUAGAAAAAGCCCUCAACACGGUCCCUACAGACGGAGGAGAGGCCGUGCUGGAUGACAAUGACCUGGAGAUUGGCCCUGACGAGGUGGCUGUCACCAUUCCCAGGCUUACCCGCACCCUCCUCUCCGCUGGGAAGCCUGGUUCGAGGAAGAGGUUCCUGAGGCAGGGAGGAGACCAUAAGAGGGUUUACAAGUGCACCCUCUGCAAUAAGGUCUUUCAGAGCAGCAGCAACCUCAACAGACACAUCCACUCCCACGGUGAUAAACUGUUUAAAUGUGAUGACUGUGACAAGAUGUUCAGCCGCAAGGAGAGCUUGAAACAGCACAUCUCAUACAAGCACAGCAAAAACGAGCUCGACGUAGAGUACAGGUACAAAUGUAACACAUGCGACAAAGCCUUCCGUGUGGAGAAUGCAUUAAAAGUUCCACAACUGUAGGACAGAUGACAAGACAUUCCAGUGUGAGAUCUGCUCGAGGUUCUUCUCCACCAACAGUAACCUCUCUAAGCACAAGAAGAAGCAUAGAGAGAAGCUUUACACCUGUGAGAUCUGCAGCAAGAUG